AUCAGUUAUUGACUCUGUGCCCCUUUGCAUCCGCAGUUUCACACUGACUUCACUGUACUACUGGAGCUCUUUUCAAUCUUAUAAACUAUGCGUCUUUCUCACUCUGAGAUCCGUGCAAUCGGACUGGACUUCAUCGAGUUUUUACACGAGACGCAGAAAUUCAGUGUGACUCAGAGAGACGAGCUGCAGCACAUCUACAACACCGAGUUUAGGAACAGACACGGUGGCAGAGAUCCCAACUUCUCCUCAUUGCUUUUUGUCCUGAGGAAGAACAACAGAGUUCGUGUCACCCGGAGCCGUCACGUGUACUUUAAUGCUAACGUACGGGUGUUAAAGGACCAGUGGUGGAGACCUAGAGACAGGCAGCCAAGUGCUAGUGCUGCUAUUCUUAAAGUCUCAAGAUCUCCACCAUCUCAUGAUGCUUUGCAAGCAUCCUCUCCACCUCCUGGACCUGAGGGUGGUGUUAGAGCCAGAAGGAAACUGGCUCAUGAGAUUAUAAAGAAGCUCACUAAUGAGAGAUCAGAGUUUGUGUCUGAUAAAAAUGGAAUCCAGGUCAGUUCUGAGAUAGAGAUGAAGGAUGGGAAGAUAUGCUUUAGUGUGGACAAUGCAGAGGUUUAUGAGUGGAAGCUGUUUAUUGAAAACACUGGCAAGUAUGUUGUGGAUUUCAACUACUACUCACCACUGCACUGGAUAAACUGCUUCGUGUUUGAGGACUCCAGGAAAGUUACACGCACCAAUCCACUGACCCUUCAUCCUGGUGAAUUGUAUGAGGUCAUGAUAAAGUUCCACUCAAAUCAUGUGGGUAUAUACCAGGUUACGGUGGCCUUCGAGUUCAAGUUGAGCAUGGAGUCAAACUCCAGGCCAUUCCACAUUGUGCGCUAUAUUGAAGCUGAGUUUAGCACACAGCUAGCUAAAGAGCUGGCACCCAUCGUGCCCUACACACCCUUCAGACUAAGCAGAAACCAAUCUGAUCAUUUUGAUGUAGAUGAAGGAGAGCGUCCUGACAAUCUGGCCAUACAGCAUCUUCAAACUGAAGUCUUAUUGUUGCAGUAUAAAUGCCCAGACUAUAUCAAUGACCUGAUUGACUUUCUAAAAGCCCCACGUUCCCACAACGCCUAUCUGUUGCAUAAAAAGUCUCUACUAGAGUCUCCUCUGGAUUUUAAUAACUACACAGAGCGGUUCCAGCUGUUACUCUACCUGGAGGAACGUCAAAUGGAUGUGGACAUAAAGAGAUAUGAACAGCAAAAUGUCACUAUGAAGAAGGACAGCUUCAACAAGAAACUGUUGGUGCUUGAGGUUCCAGGUGUUUCUGAAAACCGCCCAUCUGUGUUAAGAGGAGAUCAUUUGCUGGUGACUAAGGCUGCUGACCUGAAUUCACAGAAGAUCACCAAAUACAAAGGCUAUGUGCAUCGUGUGGAGCUUGAUCGACUCAAACUGGGUUUCUCACAGAGGUUCUUGGACAGGUUCAUAGACAACAUGAAGUUUCAGGUGGAGUUCACCGUUAACCGGCUAACUCUAAGACUCCAGCAUCGUGCUGUUGAGCUGGCUGUUCAGCACAAGCUUAAAGAAGUGCUGUUCCCUACAGAAUCAAAUGUGCCAACUCAGAGUUUACCACAUUCACUGAGGCUGUUUGACAGUAAGUUGGAAGCGAACCUUGAGCAAUACACUGCAGUGUACAACAUUGUAGCUGGUGUAUCUAAGCCGGCGCCAUACCUCGUGUUUGGACCUCCUGGCACAGGAAAAACAGUUACUGUGGUAGAAGCCAUUAAACAGGUGGAGAAGUGUUUGCCUGAUGUGCAUAUCCUAGCAUGUGCCCCUUCUAACAGCGCAGCAGAUCAGUUGUGCGAGAAAUUGCUGCUGCAUGUUGACACUCACAAAGUGUACCGAAUGUACGCAAGCAGCCGCAACCCCGAACAAGUGCCACCAAGUCUGCAGGAUGCUAGUAAUUUGAAAGGCGAUCUGUUCGAGUUCCCAUGUAAAGAAGAUUUGAUGACCUAUAAGAUUGUUGUCACGACUGUGGUUACAGCUGGAAGGCUAGUCACUGGUGGAUUGCCUGCUGGUCAUUUUACUCAUAUCUUUGUGGAUGAAGCUGGCCAUGCAGUGGAGAGCGAGACCAUUAUUGCCAUAGCUGGUCUUUUGAAUGCAGAGGGAGGGCAGGUGGUGCUGGCCGGAGAUCCAAGACAGCUUGGACCGAUUCUGAGGUCCCCAUAUGCAAUCAAAUAUGGCCUGGGUCUGUCACUUCUGCAGAGGCUUAUGACUAAAAAUCCGCUCUAUAUGAGAACAGAUACUGGAUUCGACAGUAACUAUGUCACCAAGCUUCUGCGCAACUAUAGGUCUCACAGGGCAAUCCUAAAAACUCCUAACGAGAUGUUCUAUGAUGGAGAGCUGCAGCCAUGUGCAGAUGAAUAUAGUAUCAACUUCUACUGCAGCUGGGAACACCUUCCCAAACCGGAUUUCCCUCUGAUUUUUCAUGGUGUGCCAGGGAAGGAUGAGCGCGAGUCAAACAGUCCAUCUUUCUUCAACACCAGUGAGAUCACCGUCGUAGUCGACUACCUAAAGAAACUGCUGCUGACACAAGCCAAGAAAAACAUUGCCAAGAUCUCACAAGACAUUGGCAUCAUCACUCCCUACAGGAAGCAGGUGGAGAAACUGCGAAAGGCCAUCUUGAAAUGUGAUAAAGAGCUGAAAGACUGCAGGGACAUUAACCUCCUGAAGGUGGGCUCAGUGGAGGAGUUUCAAGGACAGGAGAGAAGGGUGAUCAUUGUGUCGACUGUCCGCAGCAGCGGCGAAUACCUUGAAUCAGAUUUCUUUUUCAACAUUGGUUUCCUUAAAAAUGAAAAGAGGUUCAAUGUUGCAGUGACACGAGCAAAGUCCCUGCUUAUCGUUGUGGGAAAUCCUGUCAUUCUCAGCACAGAUGCAACCUGGUGCAAAUUUAUCGAUUACUGCACUGAAGAGGGAGGAUGCACUGGGUUCAAGCGCACCUCCGUAGAGGGCACAGAGGAGGUGGUGGCUCGGCUCAUGGCCCUCCAAAUCAAUACAGAGGCUCAAGUGGAAACUGAGGAAAGUGCCAUUCAGCAGUAUGUGAACCCUGAAUGGAGGAAUGAGCAGUAAUCCAGAAAAUCUCUCUCUUCCUCUCUCUCCCCCUCCUACCUCUAAGUUGUUAUUUUUUUCCCUAACGUGUUCUUUGGAUUUCAAAUUUCCAAAAUCUUGCCCUGAACAUUACUUUCAGUUCAUUCUAAAUAUGUCAGAAUUGACAGAUGUGAAGGCAAACUAUUCAUUUCAAACCCUUUAAUUUAUAUAGCACUUAAAUGGAGAUUUUCAAAAAGUAGCAUUACGGAAAAUCGAAAGCAUAAAGCAAUGAACAUUCCCGGGCAUGUUUUUGGCAUUGCUCUUGCAUGGCUAUACUGAAGGUAUACUUACUAUCAUUAACUAAUCAUUAAUAUCAAUCAUCUACUCAUUCCAGCCUCCACCUAAUCAGUGGCAGAUUCUAAAAUGAUCUACCAAAUCUAUGUAAAUAAACAAAGUGGAUUUUUUUUUUA